CACUACCCCUCUUUCCCUCUUCACUUACUCAUCGUUGAAUUCCAUCUCUCGGAGACUUCAGACCCAACAAAAAAAAAAGAAAAUUAAAAAAUAGAAAUUGGAGCAAAGCAUACAGCAGAAACAGCUUACUUUGUUUGCUUCAUGAUACUUGUGUUGGGCUUCUUCUUCUAGGGUUCAUUGUCCUUUUCAGUUCAAGCUGCAAAAAAAAAAAAAAGUUCCCGAUAAAAUCAGCAAAAAAUAAUGAACAUCUUCAAGAAGAAAACCUCACCGAAAGAUGCUUUGAGGAGCAGCAAAAGGGAAAUGGCUGUUGCCACAAGAGGCAUUGAACGGGAGAUUGCAUCUCUUCAGAUGGAGGAAAAGAAACUUGUCGCCGAGAUAAAGAAAACGGCUAAAACUGGAAACGAGGCUGCUACCAAGAUUCUGGCUCGUCAACUUGUUCGUCUGAGGCAACAAAUAGUAAACUUGCAAGGAAGCCGUGCUCAGAUCAGAGGCGUAGCUACCCAUACUCAGGCUCUAUAUGCCAGUACUUCAAUUUCCACCGGGAUGAAAGGUGCCACAAAAGCAAUGACAGCAAUGAAUAAGGAAAUGAAACCCUCCAAACAAAUUAAAGUGAUCAAGGAGUUCCAGAAACAGUCAUCACAAUUGGAUAUGACGAUUGAGAUGAUGUCCGAAUCUAUUGAUGAAACGCUGGACAAAGAUGAGGCAGAGGAAGAAACUGAGGAGCUCACGAACCAGGUUCUUGAUGAGAUUGGUGUGGACAUUGCCUCUCAGUUAUCAUCUGCUCCUAAAGGUCGGAUUGCAUCGAAGAAAGUUGACAACGCUGUCCCACCUAGUUCUCAUACAGCUGAUGUAGAGGAUCUUGAGAAAAGGCUCGCCUCUCUGCGCCGAGAUUGAUUGAGAAUAAUGCAUACUCGAGGGCCUGCUCCUGUAAAAUAUAUCUUCUUAUAGAAUUAGUUACAUGUAUAUUAGACGAACUUCGAAAACUAGUUACAACUUGCCUUCCUGUUACAUGAACAAUUCCUUUUGUAUUCUAUCUUAACGGUGACUGUUUCUCUUGGAUCGAAUGGUUCUGGAUUGAUGCAUAUAUUAGUUGUGUUAUUAAAAAAAAGGCCUUCCCAAUCUAGCUAGUGGUUUUUUUAACUUAGAGAGGGGUCUUUAAUGAGGGAAACUAAUGUUUGGAAUCACCUUCGACUCUAUCUAGCUUAAAGAGUUGCAAGACAGUACACUGAUUCCAUUAAUUAUGCUAUCUUGUUAGUUUCAUGAACAAUGAAGUUCUUAGGUGACUUAUUGUAAGCUUGGGAUGGCUGCUUAUUAUGCGCAGAUUGAUGUUAACAGAAC